UGUAUGCGCAUUAUUUUGAGAGCAACAUGUCGGACAACCAACAAGGAGCGAUUGGAACUGCGUACGGGGCAGGAAAGGCCGGUGCACCUUUCGAUCCGUUAGUGUACAUUAAAAAGCCUCAAGUAAUUCUCAGGCUAGUUAGUUUGUUGUUUUCAAUCAUCGUCUUUGGAUGUAUUUCAUCUCUAGGAUAUUACAACAACACGUGUAUCAUAAACGCUGAUGCCAAUGCCUGUGGCUAUGGAGUUGGCAUUGGAGUGAUAGCAUUCUUGCUCUGUGUAGCUUUCCUGUUACUUGAUGCCAUCUUUGACAAUCUUAGCAGUGUGCAGCAUAGGAAGUAUGCUGUAAUUGCCGAUCUCACAGCCUCAGGGUUGUGGACCUUUUUGUGGUUCGUAGGUUUCUGCUAUUUGACAGAUGGAUGGCGCCGCACUGACACCACUAAUCCCAAUACUUACCCAAUCCAUGGCCGGGGCCGCGACAAUAUCCAAGCUGCAAUAGCCUUCUCCUUCUUCUCCAUCUUUUCAUGGGGUGCAAUUACCUUCUUUGCCGUGCGUCGCUACCGCCAGGGUGCACAGGAUGCCUUCACAACUGGAUAUGACCCUGACCCCAAUGCCUCAUCCCCCUACUCCUCCUUCCCUGGUAGUGACACCGGCGACCCCUACCAGCAACCCCCCUUCAGUCAGCAGAAAGAAGUCCCCGACUACCAGGCCCCAACCUACUGAGGCAGACGGCAACAUGGCAUCAACCAAGGCUGGCCAUACUUCAGCUAUCAAGUAAUGCUUUAGGUGAUUAUUUGAAGCAAACAUUUGGAUGAAAAAUGUCAUGGAUUUGAAAGACUGAUUGCAGAAAUCAAUUGGAAUUAAUUAUGAUUACUGAUUAUGUUGUUAUUCUCAAAACGAAAACAAGCAAACUGUUGCUGAGCCCAGUUGCAUGUUUGCUUGGAAGAUAAAUUUAAUUAUUCAGCCAAAUAUAUCCCUGAUUCAUUAAAUUUUGUUCCAUACCUUUGAGAAAGAUAACGGUUUGACAACAUUUGCCUGAAAUAUUCAUUUGAAGCUGUGGUUGACCUUGUGUUUGAUGAAGGACUCGGCUGAGCCAGCUUUGAGCUAGUGUAUGAGAAAGGCAUCAGAUUGGGAUAAACAGAGGUGCCAGUAACCUUGAUGAAGGUGAAAUUUGAGCAGUUAGAUAUCCUUAUUCUUGCUCACAUUUCAGUUGACUUAUGAAGAAGUAGGACUGGCUUGACAAAGUCUAGAUUGUCAGCAUGAGUGUCGCUAGUUGUCCAAGUCAGUGAUGGAUUAGAAUGUUACAUUUAACUUUGGAUAGCGUCAAGCCCUUUGAAUCAAAUUGUUUGGAUUGAUUUUAAGCUCUAUUUAGUUUUCCAGUCAUUAACAAUUACAGAAGACUACAAAGGGAAUUUAGAGUGACAAGCUAACUAAUAUCUACCGGUAUAUUCUUUAUCGGUUAUAAAUCUGUAUUCACGAAGCACUCCCUUACGGUUUGGUAACUUUAACUCUCAGGGUUCACACCAUCACGAUGUCAUUAGUCAAAUAUGAAUUGAGUAAACUGUUUAUUUACUACAGUAAUCAGUAUUGAAGAGAUUCAGCCAAGUUUCUGUUCCAACUUUGAAUUGUAGAUUAGUGUGGAAUAAUUUUGUUUUAUAUUUUGUUUAUAGUGGCAAUUAUGGUUGCUUAUUUACUGUAAAUCUAUCAUAGUGCCUGAUUUGUAGGUGUCAUUUGUAACUGUAGCUGAAUGAUAGGAUUGCUUGCUGACAGAUUUGCAUUGACGUUAUUUCAAGCAAGUGUAAGCGUUGGUGUAGGAUACAUCAAGCGAGGGUAAACGUCAGAGCAGUUCGCACCUGACUUGAUUCAAGCAAGCAUAAGCUUUGAACAUGUAUUGGCCAGUCAAGGCAACUGACUGGUUCAAACACAAGUCACUUGUGACUUGACUUCAAGCCAGUGCAAGUGUUUGUCUUGAUUCAAGCCAACAUAACCAUGUGACUUGACUCAAGCCACCUCAAUCAGGUGUCAGAAGUUUUAGUUGUAGGUGAUGUUGUCUUUUUGAAAUAUACUACAGUUUAUAACAUCCAUGUACCGUACUUUUUCCAUCGCACAGGGAGUCAAUGCAGAAUCUGUAGAUGGUAGAAUGGAAAUCAACUGAUAUACUCUGAGACUUAUUAUGUUAUGUGUAUUAUGUACUAGCUAUUCAACAUGCAAGAAAGCAGAUGAAACGUGAUUUUGUCAGUGUGUGCUCAAAGGCUUGCCCAAAACUAUGUGGACAGAUUUCUCAAGCUUUUGUUCGAUCCACUUGAAGGAGAUGAUGAAAGUGUUAUGUUGAAAAAUUCUGUUUUAAUUGUUUGAUUUUUUUGUCCGUCCAUGCUCCAACGAUCUGUUCACCAGGACAGUUGUUGUUGUUGAGUUUGUUCUCAUCUGCUGAAAAUUACGAUGUAAACAUUGGGUGAUGAACCGUGAGUUGAUGGUCAUGUUUUUCAUUAUUUGUUUUGAUGCAUGGUAGUUCAAGAGCCUGAAGCAUAAGCAUGUACAAAUAUGAAUUGCUUGUUUUGAAAAUUAUGGAUUUAAGAAGUUAUUUCUGUAAUUAUUUUUAGUUAUUUUCAGUUACAUAUUUUUAAAGGACCUUUUUCUUUCAUUUCCCUUACAAAACCACUUCUUGAAACCAUGACAUAAAGACUGUUGGAUUUGCAUGCAUUCGGAUCUCUUAUACUGCAUAAUUCAGAAUAUGGAUGAUGGAUGUUUUAUGUCUAGAUUCUGUUUGAUACAAUAUGAACCUGUUAAGGGAGGUGGUUAUUCACUGUCCGAGCAAUUAAUGUGACCAUUAUGUAUUACCAGGAUUCCAUAUGCAGAACAUGCCAUAGUUGAUCAAGGAAAAGCAUUCAUUCCAUUAAGAUUUAAAUCAUAAAUGAAUAAAAUUAAUUAGAUUCACAGCCAUUCAACAAAAUAUUUUAGAAUAUUAUAUAUUAUAUAUUAUUUAUAUUUUUUUGCAUUUAAAAUUUGUCCAAAAAAUCGGAUGUUCUUUAACUUCAUUGAGUGGUAUUUGUCAUCUUGUACUGCUUAAAACUGUUUGUAUUGUCACUACCAGGUUCAACUGUUAAGCUCACAUUUGCAGGGGUGAGAAUCUUCAAUGGAUCUGCAGAUUUCCGCAAAUUUUAGUGACCACAAGUUUGUUAUAAUCUCACGGCUUCCCCCUAAACACCCCAAAAUUAUGGACCACAUUCAAUUGCAAAGAAGUUUCAGCUGAAAAGAAAAAUCUCCAUUCUCAUCCCUGCAUUUGUUUUGACGACUCGCCCUCCUGGAAUCAGAAUAGAUUAUCACAAAUCGUUCUUAAAAUCAACAAAUCUUGUUAUGCUUUCCAGGGUAUAUGAUAUUUGUAUUCAUUCCAUACCAUUAAGGAACUCGAAGUUCAUCUUGCAUUAGUAUGGUGUACUUUAUAUGUCAAACUCUUGCUUUAAACAUCUAGGUAGCAACUGUAGUGGACAAACUAUCUAUUGAUUGUAACAUUCAUACUGUGAGUCUGUGUUAGUGAAUUGCCUUGGUAAUAUGUACGGGCUGUAGGAGAAUUCUGUUUUUCACAGUUCUAUCCAUUGUGCAAAGUGUGAUGCAAUAAACGACCAUUCCAUGUUUAUCAUUUACCAUGUAUCAGUUGUAUGAAUGCAGGGGUGCACAGAUUGUUCUAAGUUUCCUGUUUCAAUAAUACUUGUCAAAUAUAGCCACCAUAUAUGCCAUAAUAGGCUUAUCCUGGGGGUACUUAAGCAAUUGAUGGGGGAGGGGCUUAUUAUAACCAUACAUAACUCAUCGUUUUCAAAUAUUGGUGGUUCAACCUCGACAAUGAAGCUGGCCUCAGAUGAACGAUUUCAACUAUUAACGGAAGUAAGAGAAUGUCCAAUUCUAUGGAUAACAACUGGUUUAUUGCAUGUAGUGAUGUUUCGAUGUAGAUUCUUACAUCAUUAUCAAGCUGGAGUGAUUAAUGGAAGAAGGAUUCAUUAAAAAAAAUAACAUGGUGUAUAGACUCCAUUUGACACACUGGGAAAUGUUGGGGUUUUUUUUCAUAUUUUCUUGGCUAUUUCUAUCUUCAUGAGGACAGUAAAAUGUUUUCCUUUUGUUGUGUUUUGUGUUUGGGGUUUUUCGAUAGCCAUGAAAAUUUUGCUAGUUAUGGAACAUUUGUGCAUCCCUGUGCUACUGUUUUACUAUUUUAUUUCUGUUAUAUUUUUCUGAUAAUUUACUUCGGAGUGCCUGAACGUGAGAAUGUUUAGACUGUAUGUGAAACUUGCAUAGUACUUAUGUUUAUCUUCCAUUUUGAUUUCAAGGUAUGAUCAUAAUUUCUUUGUUACUUUUUUUUUUUUUUUAACUUUUCAAUUGUUCUUUUGAAGCUGAUGCAAUGGUCCUUGCAUUAAACUGCAACCAAGUUUGAAAUAAUUGUUUUAGAAUUCCUAUCAUGCCUACUGUAGGAUAUGAUCAUCUCGAACGGGAUACACUGCAGCUUUAUACUUGGACGUUUUCUGUUUUGUACUAUCUUUUUAAAAAUGAUGUUAAAAAAGUUAACUCUAAAAAGAAUUAUGUAGAUACAACACAUUUCUGCCGAAAUACUAUAGACUGUUGGUAUGGAGAUAUAUUGUAUAUUAGAAUCUUAUUGUAAAUUGAGAAUGAUUGUAUCUUAUAUACAUUUUAUAGCUUCCUGUACCUAUGGUGUGAUGUUAGAACUACAAUCCAUCUUGGAAAUGUAUGAUCACUAGAAACGGCGUUGUUGUAUAAUGUCAUGUGAUACAAUGUAUAAAACAGUAUUGUGUAAGUAGUCUCACUUGAGAUUUGAGAACUAGUGGCUGUUGUUUUGACUCUAGCUAGACACUAGUCGCAUAGAUUCAGGGAUUGAAAUUAAAUCUUGCAAGAGGACUUACAUAUAUGAAUUUGGGUACAAUUUGGAUGUUUGUAUGCAUUACAAGUUCCAAUUUUAAUUUCUCUCUGUGAUUCAUUGUGGUGUUUACAAGUUGUUAAAUAUCUGAAUGACAUACACAACUUCAUACACAAUUAUGCAAAUUUUCUUGAACGAAAUCCAUAUCAAUCAUCUUUUGAUUUUGAUCCCUGCAUAGUGACAGUUUAUCAUCAUCAAUACACCUGGUACACAGCAGUCUACUGUUUAUAUUACAGAUGGGUCUAUUGUUCUUGCAUCUCCUUCAUCAGCUUGUAGACUGACACUAACAGAAGAAAUCAGCUUCUUUUGUCCCUCAGAGGAACAGGCUUAGGCUAAGUGUUCCACUGAAGGUGUCACAAAAGUAUGCAACAAAUUUGUAGCUAUAUACAUGACUAAGUCUAUAUGGUGAGAUUUGGAUAAACUUUAGACAUGAUAACAGCAUGCAACUUUCGCCACUAGUCGGAAGCCCUAAAUCAGUAAAAUUUCCUAUCUAGUAAGCUCAGAUGUUAAUAGUUCAUGAAAUAACAAUAACAUCUGCUGACAUAGAUGCUAAGAAGGAGGUUCAGGCUAUGAGAUGCUAAUGUUUUUGGCACAGAUUGUGAUAAUGGUAAAUGGUUCUAUACACUGUUAAUUUAAGUUAUGCAAGGUAGAGAAUAUUUGGUUACCUACGUCACCAUUCCCUUGUUAUAGGUGUUCAGUGCUACAGGACACCAGGGGCGGUCGGGUAGCCUAGUGGUUAAAGCGUUCGCUCGUCAUGCCGAAGACCCGGGUUCGAUUCCCGACAUGGGUACAAUGUGUGAAACCCAUUUCUGGUGUCUCCGCCAUGAUAUUACUGGAAUAUGACUAAGAGCGGCGUAAGACCAUACUCACUCACUCACUCACUCACUCACUCUCCCACUACAUGACACCAUGUUCAUGUUAAAGUUGUAUCAAAACAAGGCCUGGGGUCCCAUUGUAACCAGGAGUAGCUUCUUAUAUUCUCCAUGACUGAUCCAUCUGUAAUAACACUAACAGUGCUUCUAAAUUAGUCCAUUCAAUUAGUGUACUAAAUGUUUAUGUCAUGUAAAAAGUUGUAUGAUAGCUUCACCUAGUUUGGGGCCCUCAAUCCGAAGUGAAUGUGCUUUUGAACAUGUUUGUAGUGUGUCUAAUUCCAUCACUUUUAGAUUCCACUGCUAAUUUAAUGAUCUUUUCUUAAACUUACUGUAUAUUUGCGUUGCAACUCUAUGAUACUAUGCUGUAAAAAAAAAAAUCCAUUGUUCACUUGUGUAAAUGGUGUGUGUCCUGUGGCAACAGACAUACCCAGUUGAUGCAGUUGCUAACAUUUAUGUCUUCCCAGAUAGUCAGAUCUUCAAGUAACUCCCAGCGUGGUGUUAUGUUUGCAUAGAUUGCUUAUGCCUUGUUUGUUGUAAGAUAACUUUGUGAUUUUGCAGAGGUUGCGGCUUAUGUUGUUUCAGUUGAUGACAAAUGUACAUUUACUUUUAUCGAAGGCCUGUGUUGUUCCGAAUCUAUGUAUAUUGGAGAAUUCUAAACCUACCAAUGUUGUUUCAGCCCUCCCUUUGCUUGUUGAUCCUUACUGAUGUUUCCUGUUGCUGGUGUAUAUAUUUGUGAAAGAUCGAGGAAGUUGCAAGCAUAAUAUAUAAGUACUACAAAUUCCCUGUGUUGUACAUCGCAGAUACAUCCUAAUUCCAAGUGAUGAAUAUUUGUUUAAGGUUAAAUGCUUCAGACAUAAUAUCCUACACGGUUUGUGUGGUCUGUGGAUGAAAGAUCUUAGAAGACUACACUAUGUAUUCUUCAUCAUCAUGUGUUGUGUAUGACAUCAUCACUUUCUGAGUAUGACAUCAUCAGUAACAGUGUUGUAUGGUUCUAGAUUAAGUGGAUUUCUUCAUAUCUAUGGCAAGAUUUUAACUACAGCUUGAACACAUAACAUGUUUCACUGCUUUGUCAGUAUACAGUUUGUAUUAAGUCAAUGCUUACUGAACCAACUAUGCUUUUUGCAGCUAAUCUUUUGACGGUUAAACUUCCUCCUAUUCUUUCUUGGCUUUCAUUCAGAUUUUCGAAUUUAACAAUGAUCUCAAAGCUGCUGCUAGAACUUCCUGUAGCUAUAAAAUAUAGCGAGCCAGGUAAAUAACCAUGCAAUAUAACUAGGUUCCUUUAAGGGGACUCAUCACUGAAAUAAGGCUGGGAUGCUUAUUACUUCCUUGAGUCUGCCAAUCAACCAACUGACUGGCCGACUCACCAGCCACGUGUCAUGAUGCCUGAUUUCAGCGAUAAGUCUGCCUGUACAGGCUUUAAAGUUACGAUCCAACCAAGAUGGACCCUAACGCUUGUAGUAGGAAAGGGCUGAGCUAGUCAUGUGACGUGAAAUAGAACACGGCAAGGCGUCAUGUGACUGUCCGAAUCUAUAUACAAGGACGGCAGUCAAGGACAGAUUCACAGUCAGAUAGCGCGUUGUUCUGAAGUUGUGUGAUUGUGAAAUUAUGGCCUCUAGAACCAGACAAGGCACACAGUGUUGUUUUUCAGAAUGCGUAUUACUUCUGGAGUACAACGGGGAAAUGCUUGUUUCCCUGUGUUGUAUUUGAGCAGUUGUAUGCAGCCUGUGUGGUAUAGGAGUGUGCACUGUGGUGUAGAAUGUUGUGACUGUCUGCCCGUGGCGUUCAGAAGGGUAGUGCCUGGUUGUGUGCACAGACAGGUAGAAAUGUUCUUGUUGUCGUGGUUAUUUAUUGUGAUAACACCAUUACAUCAAUAAAUUAUUAUAAGUUCA